CCUCCCAUCGAACAGCGCCAAGAGGAUUUAGAUGAGCAGCCCCGCGAAGCGCAAGAUGAUCCACCCGUGAUUGAAGAGCGACGAGAUAAUGUUAAUAAUCCACAAGGGGCGGGAGAUACUGUGGAUGGUAUGGAUCAUCAUGGUCCAAUUGAACCAGACGUGGCCCCUGAAGCAAUACCCCUGCCCAAGUCUGGCUCUGUAUCUAUAGCCAGCCAUAAUCACCAAGACGAGCACGAAGUUGCGCGCUCUGGGGAUGACGCAGCGUCUCAAAAUUCACUGGGUUUGCCUCCAGAGGCUCAGCCAGAACCUCCGGUGUCUGACCCUGAAGCGCUACAGCCCGAACUGCCAGAAGAGAUACCCCAGGUGGUGGCUCCAUCGGGAUUCUGGGGAGGCAGGCGGGCUGAGAAUCGACGGAAGAAAACACCAGGCAGGCUUACCUAUGGAAAAAUUCUUGAUAAUGCAGCCAAAGUGCUGGACCAUAUCAAAGACGGCAGUGUCCUUCGUUCCUCCAGGCACAACAGGACAUCAAUAACGUUUUACGAUUAUACCGAAGACACAAUAUCUGAGCCAAGACAGAUCUUUACCGAUAAUGAUAUCCCGGUAAUGGGGCACGCGGACAAAAUUGUCAAACAGCGGCUUAUUCUCGUGGAAGAUCUCUCCAGACCAACCAUAGAUGCUCUUGGGAUUACCUUCAGCAUCAACCCGGAGUUCUUUGAGGAGCACUUAUUGGACUCGAACUAUGCGGGCUCAAGGCACAAUGAGCCACCAGCUCGAACGUGGAAGACGGCGACGUUCCCAAAAUCCCAUAUCUCCUUCAAGUGGAUUCGACCUGUUUAUCGACAGCCCACGUAUUUUUCGCAUCGAGAUCUGGAUGACCUCCUUGAAGGGUCGACUGAACAUUAUACUCGCCACGGCAAUGUCACCACUAAAGUGAUGACGAAUAUCUUCCGCAUAGAGUGGGGGCUAUGGACAGACCCGACUAAAACAGUGAGGAUGGAGCGGGAAUGUGGAUUGGAAGAGAAGGUAUCGAUUUGGAAAGGCCAACUUCGGGGGCGAGAUACCGAGAUUGUGAUUGUACUCCUGGAUCCUUUACCCGUGAUAAGCGAGCACCAUCGUGAUUGGAGAUUAAAGAAAUCGGAGACAGUAACGGACUGGGGAUUCGAACAUCAUCUUGUGGAUGUGACAUCGGAGAGAUCCAUACCAGAGAGCGACUUGAUUGAAGAAGGGCUCGGGGGGUUGUUUUUGGCCGUACCCCGGCGUGUACGGGAUGGUCGGCCUAUUUCCAGGAUUUGGGCUGAUAUGAUCGUGGGACGUUGGAGAAAGCGCCCUGAAACCACCGACACAUCCGAAGAGGAUGAAGAGGAAAGAGAGGGAGUGCGGAAGGUCAUCGUCAAGCAGAUGGCGCCCCGCAAGCCUUUGGAUGUUGAUCUAAACCAAAUAUUUCGCUCAACGCGUCCGACAAAAAAUUUUGGUACUAAACUUAGUGAGACGAAGUCAACUCAAUAUGGCAUCCGGGAGGCGCUUGAUAUAGGUGGCGCCCCAGUCGGGAUCCUAGGGCCCCUGCUUGACAUCAUCCGACGAGAUACAACCACUCUACUCCAACAUCUACGACAGAUUCUCGACGAGGUAGAAGUCGAUAUUCUUGACGACACAAAGAUGGAAGACCGAUUGGCUUUAUGGCGCCAGAUCAUCCACCGGGCCCAAAGAGAGCUGCCGGAGCUGAAGAACUCUUUGGAACCCCUUUACAAGUUCGGUCUGACAGUCACUCCUGAGACUGUAUCCACAGAGCCACAAAGUGAGCUAUCCAACAGCAUCCAAAGUUAUCAACAGCUCCCACAUGAUAUCGACCAAAUGAUUGAGCGAUUACGAGCCACUUCCGCCUCACUAACCUCAAACAUGGGUCUCUUGGAAAGUCGCCGCUCGAUCGAUGAAGCUCACGCUGUGACGAGACUUACCGAGCUCGCUUUCGUUUUUAUCCCUCUCUCCUUCGCCACAUCCGUCUUCGGCAUGCAGAUUGAGCCCUUCGCUAACCCUGUUCCCAUAUGGAACUUCUUCGUCGUGGCAAUCUCCGUGACCGCGUUUUCAUAUUUGAUGAGAAUGACAAUGCGAAGCCAGUGGCUUACCCGCCUCAAAGCCGAAGUGAAGUACGACGUCCGGAAAUACGCAGAAAAGCACGGCCAGCCCGUGCAAUCUCGGUCACUGCCCAUGCUUCUCAUCAUGCAAUGGCUGGGGAACAGGCUAGGUCUCAGCAUGAUCAACACGGUAAAAUGGACAUUCAGACAGUGUGUUUGGGUUGGAAAGGGAACCUGGCAUGUAUUCGGCUUUUCCAUCCUAUUUGUCUUGUUGAUUGGUGCCGUCUCGGGAAUACCCAUUGCCGUGAUCUGCACUCGCGAUCUUGAACCCGGUAUCAAGAUCCCCAUCAUCUUGUCUAUUCUUGGAAUUGCCUUUUGCAUAGCGGGUCUUCCGUUUUUGUACAGCUAUGACCCCGCGGCUCGUGACGUCUUGCCAAAACUCUUGAUUUCAGGUGUUAGGCACACGCCUAGUUGGGUUCUGGUUACACUUCUCCUACUUGGUGCAAUGGGGGCCUUGAUUGGAGUGCCAUUAGCGUUGAUCUGGACCCGCUCACUCGCUACUGGCAUUAAAGGCGGCCUCAGCGCUGGAGUUGUCAUUAUGGCGGUUCUUACGAUGGCUGCAUUUGGUACAUUGAGAGCAUUUGGAAAUCGGUGGCCUCAAAGAAAGCGGGUAAUUACCAGACUACGCUGA